UCACUUUGUGUCAUGGCCGUCACUAGAAAUUAUUUGCUAACAUAACAACAAAAUUUUUGGAAAACAAGAGUCAUGAAGAACUUUUCACGAACUUCUGCCCCUGGGUCGACACCAAAAGACAAACGAAAAUUUUCUGUGGUGGAAAUUGCGUUAAUGAGCAGAGUUGCCAUUUUAUUCAUCCAAGUCGUUUCAAAUUUUCUAAUCCCAGACCACGACGCGAAUGUUUUCAACCCACCAAAUGACCCAGCAAGUGUUUCAUCAACAAGUGACAAAUUGAUUGAACUUAUUUUCGGUGGUUUUAAGAGAUGGGAUGCUGUUUAUUUUCAACAUGUCGCAGAGUAUGGAUAUUCGUAUGAGAAUACGUUGGCCUUCUUCCCUUUAUUUCCAGUGCUAACUAGACUAAUUGGAAACACAAUUUUGUUACCACUGCAAUGGCUCAUGUCCUACUCCAGCGUUCUGCUGACCAGUGCUUUUCUGUUGAAUAACUUUUUAUUUAUAAAAUCAGCACAGAUUUUGCAUAAAUUGGGACUAAAAGUUUUAAAUGAAAAACAACUGGCUUACAAGGCGGCUGUCAUUUUUUGUUUUAAUCCCGCCAGCGUGUUUUUCUCGGCCCCGUAUUCCGAGAGUCUCUACUGCUUCGUUCUCCUCAUAUGUCUUCACACAAUGACAGCAGAGUCUCCGAUCGUUCCAGCGUUCUUCGUUGGACUUGCUGCACUCGCUCGAUCAAAUGGUUUAGUUGCUUUCGGUUUUAUUGUUCACUACCUGCUUAAAGAUUAUCUAAAGGAGAUGCAAAUGAAUUUGAAAGCGCGUCUCAAUUCUACAGACUCCAGAAUUAUUAAUACCGUGAUAACUAUAUUUACCACAGCAAAGUUAAUUUUUGUUAGUUUGUUGUCGUUUUUGCCGUUCUUGACAUAUCAGUAUUACAGUUACAUUCUGUUUUGUAAUAAUGAGCCGUCUAGCAAAAUUCCAAAUCAUAUUGCCAUAUAUGGACGAAGUAGGGGCUACCAUCUAUUAGGGGAUGCUCCAUCACCAUGGUGUUAUGACAUCAUCCCUUUAUCGUACAGCUACAUACAGAAGCAUCACUGGAAUGUAGGAUUUCUAGCUUACUACGAAAUAAACCAAAUUCCUAAUUUUUUGUUAGCUGCUCCGAUAAUCAUCAUAAGCGUCUGCUGCUGUAUUUGUUAUUUUAGUUUGAACAAAAAAACGUGUUAUACUCUCGGACUGUACGACACACGAGCAGAAUCUCGAAAGAAAUCUGAUGGCGAUGAAAUAGAGCAAGAUUAUGGAUUUAAAAAUCAGGAACUCUUCGUCUACUGUGCACAUUUAUUAUUUUUGAUUUUAUUCGGAGUGUUUUUCAUUCACAUUCAAGUUCUCACAAGAUUGUUGUGUUCCUCGUCCCCUUUAAUAUAUUGGUAUAUUGCCUACCUGAUAACAGACGAUUUAAAGCCGGCACAGACCAUUAACAGAUACAACGUAUUCGCAGCGUGCAAGUCUGACAGCAAGAAAGAACCUAAUGAAAACUCUGUAGACGAUAUUAUCACACAAUUAACUAAUUUUAGACAGCAGAAUAUUUAUUUUAAGCUGAUUACUCUUUAUUUUAUUGGUUACUUUGUAUUAGGAACUGUUGCAUUUUCAAAUUUUUUACCUUUUACAUAAACUCUGGUAAACUUCAGUCUUGUCGUUAAAUAAGAUUAAGCAUUCAUCCUCUCCUAAACUCAUCUCAGUGUGGAAAAUAGAGUAAACAUUUAUGAUAUACUUUAUAGUCUUCAAGUAGAACAUAAUCUAAGAUAAAGUUUAUUCUCGCAAA